AUGUCGCUCAAAGCCGAGCUCGAGAUCUGGUCGUCUGCCUUAGAAGCCUACGAUGAGGAGGAUUUUGUCAAGUCGAUAAACUUCUUCAACCAGAUCGCGGAUACGUCAAAGAUCUGCUGGAACAUUGGGAUCAUUCUUGCGACUCUCGGAAGGCAUGAAGCUGCUUUGGAAAAGUUUGCAGAGGCCGUCUCCCUAGAUGGAUUCCUGACAGUAGGAUAUCAUCAGAAGGGAGUCAGUAACUUUAUGCUGGGGAGAUAUGAGCAAGCUCUAAAGGACUUUCAAGAUGCGUUCUUGUACCUUCGGGGCAACCAGACAAUUAACUAUGAACAACUUGGUCUCAAUUUCCGACUCUAUGCUGCCGAAGUCCUGUUCAACUGCGGGCUUGUCAAGAUCUACCUUGGAAAGACCGCCGCUGGAAUGCAAGAUCUACGGGAAGCUCAGACAAUGAAACAAAGUCCAGAUCAUGGAGUGAUCGACGAUGCUAUCCGGGACCAAGGAAGGGACUACAACGUGUUCUCUGUGCCAGUUGGCAUUCUCUUUCGACCUGCUCCUGCCAAACUGAAGAACUUGGCAGCGAGAGACUAUAUGGGCAAAGCUGUACUCGUCGCCGCGUCUGAUAUCAAAGAAGCAUAUACGACGUUCACAGGAAUCACCCGUCUGCAGCGCGGUCAGACACCAACGGGCGCGCCGUUGGACCCCUCCCAUCCCCUCUCGCGACCCGCUACGGUCAGCCCCACAACAGCAACCAAGCAAACACCCCCAUUGGCGUCUCGUAUGUCACGCAGCAGCUCAGACGCAGCGAUCCCUGCAUUGGACAGUCGGCCUCAGCGAUCUACCCUGCGGAGUCACUCCAUCAGCUCGAUACCUUUUCGACCGUCCCCGACCUCCCCUUUGUCAGUUGCCCCCCAAGCACGACAGGAUUCACAUAGCGGACUCACAGCUGACGGUCUUCGGCCCAAUCGACUUGUAACACCAGCUCCUCAAAUCGAAACCCGUGUUCCAAAGCCCAGGCUGAGACUGGAGAUCGAGGAGGACCCUCUGAUACAGACGCCUGAGGAUGAUAAGAACGCCUUGCGACUCACCCAGAUGUACGACGAAUACUAUCAGUCGGCCAACGCAGACGAUGAAAUGCCACCAGACUUACCUCCAAUCGGAGGAGCAAAGCGGUAUCCAGUGGAAACUUGGAGGAAGCAGACGCCGCUUGGGCAGAGUCCCGCAGCUUCAGAUUCAAAGCGGCCUCCGGCGUCUAGGGCUCCUCCCUCUAGCUUUGCGUCAGGUGUUCCCGUUGGAGGUCUGAAGCGUUGGCCAAGUCGUGCUGGUAGCUAUAUCAGCGUGUCGAGAUACGAUGAUGAUCCUAGCGAGAGCGACGGUGUUGGUGGCAUGAUCAAGAUUAGAGUCAAGGUUCACGUGGGCAAGUCGACUCGAGGCAUGUCAAUGGUCCCAGAAGAUACGUAUGACGAUUUCGUCGCUGCUCUGGCAGUGAAGUUUCCCGAGCGGGCUCAAGACAUGGUGGUGAAGUUCAAAGAUGAGGACGGGGACAUGGUCACUAUGCAAGAUGAAGGGGAUUACGAGGCUGCGGUGGAUGUGGCAAGGGUGCAUUCGAAAGGGCGCGCAGAGGGCAAGCUAGAGAUCUGGAUCGAAUAA